AUGCAGACGUGCCUGCUCAGGGCAGUGGGCUGGAGCUCAGCGGUCGUCUUGGGAGUGCUGGGGGUGGCUGUCUUCCUCCUGGUCCUGACCCCGGCGAAGGAUGCUGCCCUUCCUACGAGGAACAAAUACGGCCUGGUGUUUGAUGCCGGCUCCACGCACACAGCUCUCUACAUCUACCGGUGGCCCUCAGACAAGGAGAACGGCACCGGCAUCGUCUCCCAGGUGGAGGCCUGCACCGUGUCUGGACCCGGCAUCUCCAGCUACGCAGACGACCCCGCUGGGGCUGGAGCCAGCCUGAAGCCCUGCCUGGACAAGGCCAUGAAGAUCAUCCCAGCAGAGCAGCAGCGGGAGACCCCCACCUACCUGGGGGCCACAGCGGGCAUGCGGCUGCUGAGGGAGCAGAACAGCACCAAGGCCGAGCAGGUCUUCGCUGAGGUCACCAAGGCCAUUGGCAAGUACCCUGUGGACUUCCGCGGAGCUCAGAUCCUCACGGGGAACGAGGAGGGCUCCUUCGGCUGGAUCACCAUCAACUACCUGCUGGAGACCCUUGUCAAGUUCUCCUUCACAGGCAAGUGGACCCACCCGCCGGCAGAAGAUGUGGUCGGAGCUCUGGACCUUGGCGGGGCUUCAACCCAGAUCACGUUCCUCCCUGGGACCACCAUAGAGGACAGCAGCACAAGAGCCCUCCUCAGGCUGUACGGAACCAACUACUCCAUUUACACCCACAGCUACCUCUGCUACGGGCAAAAGCAAGCCCUGAAGAUGCUGAUGGCAUCCUUAUACCUGGGCAGCCCAUCUUCCCAGCAGAUAUCGCACCCCUGCUAUCCCAAGGGAUACCAGGAGAACGUCACCACGACAGACCUCUACGACAGUCCCUGUGUCCGUGCACCGAGCACCCCCAGCCCCACACCGGUCCUCACAGUGAUGGGGACGGGGGAUCCGACGGCGUGCAGCACUGCCAUCCAGAAACUCUUCAACUUCAGCUGUGGGGCCAACAGGACAUGCGGGUUCAAUGGGGUUUAUCAGCCGCCCGUGCAGGGACAGUUCUUUGCCUUUUCGGGGCUUUAUCACACCCUUCACUUUCUGAACCUGACUGGAGGGCAGCCCCUGAGCUCAGUCAAUGCCACCAUCAGGCAAUUCUGCACCAGCAGCUGGGAAAAGGUGCAGAAGGAGUUCCCCACCAUGAACAGGACUCACCUCCGUGAUGCCUGCGCAGCCAGCUCCUAUGCCCUCACCCUUCUCCUGCAAGGCUACAAAUUCAACCAUACGACGUGGCUUAACAUCCAUUUUGUCCAUCAGGUUGCUAACAUAGACGUGGGCUGGACUCUGGGCUACAUGCUCAAUCUCACCAACAUGAUUCCCUCGGAGACUCCCCAGAGAGUUGUAGGGCUCCAGAGAAGCCACUGGACAGCAGCCACAGUUUUAUUGGCCAUCAUGCUCAUCCUCUUCUUCUGUCUGCUCACAGUCAUAUGCUGCCAGAAAAACUCCUCCGGUUAUGAGAGUCUCUAGCAGCACUGGCUCCAGAGGCUCCUGAAGCCACUUGAUCCUUCUGCCAUGCUUGUGCGAGGAGCUGCAGACCAGGGAAUUGCCCCAACAUGUC